GAGAGAUAACUAGCCAGCCAGCCAUGAUGCCGCCGCACCGCUCGCCCCUCAAGCGUCUGUCGCUGUCUCCGCCCGUGUGGAAGGACCAGCUCCGCCAGCGCUGCCUGCAGCGGCUCAAGCGCGACCGCGGCCAGCUGCUGGCCAAGCUGAGACGGCCGGACGCGCUGAGCGUCUCGGAGGAGAUGCAGCGCCUCGUGGCCCACGAGCAGCAGCAGCAGCGAGAGCAGCAACAGAAGUCUCUGUCGGCCAGCGCGUCGGUGGACGACCUGCUGCUCAUGGGACGGCUCAAGGAGAGCGACUACCUGGACAUCGUCCACGCGCUGGAGGACGCGCUGCGCCACGAGACGGAGGACGACGAGGAGGAGGAGGAACUGCGACUGGCCGAGCACAUGGCCGACCUGGAGGACGUCGAGCUGGAGGCCUUGCUGGCAGGGCUUGAUCUCGGCGGACAGCCGCAGGAGGAGCAGCACCAGCACCAACAGAUGCACGAAUCUAGUGGAGGUGGCUACGACGACGCGGAGCUGGAUGAGCUGCUCUCGCACGACUCGUUCUCCGUUUCGGUGCUCUGCCCGAUCUGUAAGACUGGUUACCUCAGAGAGAACGCAGACGAUAGAGCGGCGGUGCCUUUCAUCUCCUGUAGAUGCGGCUUCACCUUCCACGUCAAGUACGUCUACCACGGAGUGCUCGAGGACUUCCAGGACAAGAUUGUCAACGCCUUCAUGGCGCAUCGGUACGCAGACACAAGAAUGGGGCGAUGCGUAUCAUUGACAUGACACCCACGUUGCUCUUGAUAUGUUGUGUGUAUACGUGCAGUGAUUCGUGCUCCUCUGACCCGACAUUUGAGAAGAAGACGUCUAUGGAUGAUGGCGCGGACGUGCUGUGCAUUAACUGUUCGCACUGC